AAGUCUGUGCACGUUUUAAAGUUAAAACUACGCUUGUUUUAAUUUGUCAACAUAUUAAAUAUCGUCUGUGAUCGCCGCUGGACCGAAAAACAGAAAUGGAUAGACCCGUUCCCAAAGGCCGUGGGGCCCUGUUAGACAUGCUGAAGAAGCACAAGGAGGCAAAGGUUGGCGUUGGCAGUGGUGAACCUGCCGAAGAACUACCACCCAAGAGCCGUGGACGAGCUGCCCUCCUCCAAAAAAUCCAAGAGAUGAAAGAAAAGAAAGUGGGUGCUGGAGACGAAGCAAAAUCACAGGUGGCAAAACCAGGAACCUCGUCAGCAUCAACUUCAAGAGAUGUGGAGAGAUUGUCAACGGCGGUUUCAGAGCUGUCGAUUGCUACAUCAACAGAACCCAUGUCGUUUAAAGGUGCAAUGGGGACUCCAAUCCGCGCCACCGCAAAUUACAUCUUCCUGAAGGUAGAAAAGGACCGUGGCGUUUUUGAAUACGAAGUUCGAUUUCAACCUGAAAUCGACGCCAAAUCAUACCGAAAGAAACUGGUGGCUCAAGCUUUAGGGGAACAAGGUGCAACGAGGGCUUACGAUGGCGACGUUUUCCUGUAUUUACCCUUCCAAGUAUUCACUGAUAGACAGGAAUUCGAAGGAGUGAUUCCCCAUACGAGUGACAGGGUGACGACCAUAAUAAUAUACAAACGCAAAAGAAAAAUGGGAGAGUGUCUCCACUUAUACAACGUCCUCUUCAAAAGGAUCAUGCAUAUCUUACUUUAUAAGCGAAUCGGCCGCAACUACUUCAGUCCGGACCACAAACAAAUUGUACCUCAACACAAACUGGAAGUUCUUCCUGGUUUCGUCGUCCACGUGGACGAAAUGGAAGGUGGACUCAUGCUUUGCCUAGAUACCCAACACAAAGUUAUUCGUUCUCAAACCGUGUACGAACUAAUGGGCGAGAUCCAUUCGGCUGUUGGCGGUGAUAGGUCGUAUAAAGGUAAAGUAAGAGACAACGUCGUGGGAUCUUGUGUUUUGACCAAGUACAACAACAAGACGUACACGGUCGACGACGUGGAUUUUGAUACCUGCCCAAGAAGUGUAUUUCAUGCGAGCGAUGGGUCAGACAAAACGUUUAUUGAUUAUUAUAAGCAACAUCAUAACAUCACUAUACAUGAUCCAGAUCAGCCAAUGCUGGUCACUAAGGUUACAAAACGAGUGAAUGGCGAAAAACAGGAAAGGAUUAUUCGAUUAAUUCCUGAACUCAGCUACUUGACGGGGUUGACUGACGCCAUGAGAAGCGAUUUUAAGGUCAUGAAAGAUGUCGCCGCAUUCACUCGAGUAACGCCAGGCCAACGAUCACUCGCCCUUCGUACAUACUUAGAGCGAGUAAAACAAUCGGAGGAAGCUCAGAACGUUUUAGCCGGUUGGGGCCUUACUUUGGCUAAUGGUACAGCCGAUUUGGACGCGCGGGUUCUACCACAAGAAGCAAUCUAUUUUGGUGGACCGCAUGCAGAAGAACGGAAGUAUGUUGGUGGUAGCGACUGGAACAAAGCCGUGUCAGAUAAUAACUUGACGGGGCCCAUCGACAUCCAUACUUGGCAGUUAUACUAUACCAGACGCGAUCAAAAACACGCCGCAAACUUCGCAGAAACCAUCGUCAGAUUGGGUAGGGGAAUGGGUUGUAUUAUUAAAAAUCCGCAACAUGUCAUGUUGGACGACGAUCGAACCGACACCUACAUGACUGCCAUACGUACCAACGUUACCAGUGACCUACAGGUUGCCGUAUUCAUCUGUCCGACCAUCCGCGCCGACCGUUACUCGAUUAUUAAAAAAAUGUGUUGUGUCAAUCAUCCCCUGGCAAGUCAGGUCAUCCUCAGUAAAACUCUAUCCAAUCAAAACAAGGUGCGAACCAUCAUCCAUAAAAUCGGCAUGCAGAUCACGUGCAAGUUAGGUGGUACCCUGUGGUGUGUGAAAAUCCCUGUUUCUGGAUGGAUGGUAUGUGGAAUUGACGUCUACCAUGGAGCUAACAAGCAAUCCGUUUGCGGGUUGGUGUCAUCCAUCAACGAUUCUCUAACAAAGUACUACAGUGAAGCCAUGUUUCAAGAUGGCGAAAUCGGUGACUUCUAUAAAGUGGCCUUCAGAAAGUCGCUGAUGCUCCAUAAAGAACGACGAGGGAGCUUCCCACAAAAAGUUAUAGUGUUCCGAGAUGGGGUCGGCGAUGGUCAACUAGACCACUGCCGACGAUACGAAGUCACCCAGUUUACGGAUGUCAUCAAGGAGUUAAAUAUAGACACGACUAUUACGUAUGUCGUGGUACAGAAAAGGAUCAACACUAGAAUAUUCAAAAUGGUGGGCAAUAACGACUGUGACAAUCCGCCAUCGGGUACCGUUGUGGAUUCGAUCGUGACGCGUCGGUACCUAGCAGACUUUUAUUUGGUGCCCCAGAGUGUAAGGCAAGGCACCGUGAACCCGACGCACUACAUUAUAGUGCACGACGACGCAAACAUCAAACCCGAUCAUUUGCAACGACUCGCGUACAAGUUGUGUCAUUUGUAUUAUAAUUGGUCUGGUACAAUCAGGGUACCUGCUCCAUGCCUUUAUGCUCAUAAGUUGGCGGCUUUGGUGGGACAGUACAUCAAGAAAAUUCCCGCAGGGGAGUUGAACGAUAAAUUGUAUUACCUAUAAGAAACGAACUUAUUCUACUGCGAAUUUAAAAAAUGACGAAGUGUUCAUUGCACAGUACAAAUUGAAUUUUUUAUAUAGUUAAGUUGAUAUUAAGUUUGUAUUGUACUGUUGUCAGAGGGGGAACUACGAAAAUCGGUGAAAUCCUAAUAACUGAAUUGAGCAAAUUAUAAACGUUGCCGGAUUUUGCCAAUUUUCGUUAAGAGCGCCUUUUCGUGUAUUAUUUUUUUAUAUAUACAUAUAUAAGUAUAAGUUUUCUAACAGAAAGAGCAGGUAUUCACAUGUUACUUAUUAUAUUAAAUGUGCAAAAAAAGUUUGAUUUCAUUGUUAAAAUUGUGACAAAAAUUAGUUUUAGAAAAAAGUUACGAAUAUAUUUUUUUCGAUUUUGAAUUUUAAUGACUGUUAGUAUUGUAGGUACGCCUUCCACGCAAUGUAAUAUCGUACUUGUAAUUCUCUACGAUUUGUUAAAUCCUGCAUUUUAUUCUUUUUGUAAAAUUUAUACAAAAAUAAAUGAUAUUAAUUUUUUUUA